UUUAUAAAUAUUUCUUCAUCAUAAACCUUUCUCAAAAAUAUCUGUUAUUUCGUCGUCUUCUUUUCAUCUUUUGUGUUUUUAAGGAUACAAAGUUAAUUGGGUGAAAAUUGUUACUACUUUUUGCUAGUGAAUUAUACUGUUAUCCUUAAAGCAGAUUAUGAAUAAUCUGUUGAGUAAAGCUGUGACCUCACUAGCUAAUAAGUUGGAUAGUUUAUCUUCAAAAGUGUCCAACAAGGUUUCGCCAAGUACUAAAGAUAAAAACAAGAGUAAAUCGUAUGAUGCAGCUGAAUCACCAACUUCAUUGUCUACAAAAUUAGCUUCAAUUUUAGCACCAUUUGAGGAAUAUUUUGUCUCCAUUCAGAGUAUAUUGAUCUGGGAAAAACCUUAUGUGUCUGCUGUAUUCUUAAUUGCCAUAAACUGUCUCUAUUGGCUCAUUGUUUCUUGGACUCGCAGAUUCUUCUCGAUUGUUUCCCUUCUGUUUCUCAUCAUCUCAAUCUAUCAAUGUUGGUCUCAUUAUGUUUGGCCAGAAAUUCGUGCUCGUCCACCUGAGCCUGAUGAAGAUUGGGUCCCUGUUCAUCCUAAAGUGUUGAGUGCACCUGAAUUAACCCAUUAUUUACAUGAAAUAAUGACAAUAAGUGGAGAAAUCGUCAACUGGUUUUGGCUAUUGAGGAAAAAUCAACCUGCACUAUUUUGUUCUCUGGUCACAUUUCUUUUUUCUAUAUCAGCAAUCAUUGGAAGUCUAGUGCCUGGAGUUGUAAUUGUGUAUAUUAUUUUAAUGGUAGUCGCUCUUGGACCCGGAGUAGCUCUAUAUGUUGUCCCCGAGUCGUGGUAUCAAUUAGUGCGCAACUUUUUUGGAAAUUCAAAAUCAUCAUCAUAUCCUUCCUGUCCUUCGUCUCCCACAGUUUUAGCUAGAAGCACAGAUCAUCUAAGCGUUUCAAGCUCCGAAGAGAAAGAACAAGGACGUAAAUUAAGUGAAGGCUACAUGAAAUGUGAUAACCUUGAAGAAUCAUUCGAAUUGGAUAAAGAUGAAUCGUCACUUCAGCUUCUCUCUGAUUCAAAACUGGGUUCCACUCUUGAUUUCGAAUUGGGAUUUAACCCAAACCAUGAAUCAUCCCCUUCCAGCAGUAAUAAUAGUAGUCUUCAGUUAGUGCCUUCAAUGCAGUUUGGUGAAGGAGGCGAAACGGGGGAUGAACUUGAAGAUUACGAGAUUAUUUCUGAUUCUGAUUUACCCGAUGAUUUAGCUAAUUUCCCUGGACGCUCAAAAGUAUCUCAAAAAUCAAAAGAAUCUUUAACAUCUGUAAACGCACAAACAAGCGCAGCUUUAACAUCACCUUCAGCAUCCAACACAACACUUUUGUCUAAAGACAUGCUCGAAUCAGAUCUAUAAAUUGCGAUGGCAAUUGUAAUUAUGAAAACAGCCAAAUUUAACUGCAUCAAAAGUAAAAAAUCAACAAACCUGUCAGUGUAACAAAGGAAUAAGAGAUCGAAAGAUCACAAUUGCUUUCCAUUGUAAAAAAAAACUUUAAAUAAAUCAUUUACUUUUAAAGGGUUUAGGAUCCAAACUCGCAUUCUGUAAUUAAA